UGUGUCCUCAUCAUUGUGAGUGGUUACCACAGCUUGAAGAUGCAGUUUCUUCCACUGCUGUCAUGGAUGGCAUUGCUCUGUCACAUGUCCGAUACCCGGGGUUUAUCUCGAACACGCAGGAGGACUACAUUGAGACAUCAUUAUGAACGAUUAAGUGAGCCGGUCCCUGACCCGUCUCCAUCGUUUACUCUUCUGACUCCAGCAAAGCUGAGGCCUGGAACAAAACAGAACAUACUACUAGAGGGCCACAACCUGAACGAGUUUAUAAAGGUCUCAAUCAAGAUCACUGACUACCCGGUUGCAUCUGUUCUGCUGGAGGACUCUGUCAUCCUCAAUUCAGGCAACAGCUACAGCGCUCUUAAAGCUAUUGAGAUCAAUCCAAAUGCUGAUGAAAAGACGACGAAAUAUGUGCGGCUGGUUGCUCAGUUUGGCGAUUUACAUCAAGCAGAACGACUGAUAAUGGUGUCAUUUCAGUCUGGAUACAUCUUCAUACAGACUGAUAAACCUGUUUACAACCCUGGAGACACAGUGAACUGCAGAGCUUUUGUAUCCAAUUCUGAAUUCCGUGCUUCUGACAGAAUAAUAUCUCUGGAGAUUCAGAACCCAGAUGGAAUAGCAGUACAUGGUCAUUCAAAAGCCAGAGCAAUUGAUGGGAUACUCUCGAAAACCUAUCCCCUCUCUACCGUGGCCAAAGAGGGCAGGUGGAAAGUUGUUGCAAAGUUGGACCAGGGAAAAGAAAACGCAUUCAGUAGAGAGUUUGAAGUAAAGAAAUAUGUACUGCCAGCGUUUAAUGUCACUCUAACACCAAAGAAAUCCCACCUCAGUCUAGAUGAGGAGAAGUUGGAGGUAGAAGUCACAGCCAGGUACCUAUAUGGUGCUCCAGUUCAGGGUGUUGCAUACGUGCUGUUUGGUAUUGAAAUGAAUGGCGAGAAGAAGAGACUCUCAUCUAUGAAGCAAUUGAAUGAUUUGGAUGGAGGGACUGUUAGUUUGACCAUGGAGGAGAUAAAGAGGGUGUAUCCUCAUACAAAUAUCCUAGUGGGGUCUUCUGUGUAUGUCAAAGCUUCAGUAAUGACCAGCACAGGCAGUGACCUUGUGGAAGCAGAAAAAUCUGGCAUCAAAAUAGUGACGUCACCCUACAUGCUUUCCUUCAAAGACACACCUCAGUAUUUUAAACCUGGCCUACCAUUUGACGUAACGGUCGCAGUGAGUCACCAUGAUGGAUCUCCAGCUCCUAAUAUUCCAGUUCAAAUUAGCUUUCUUCAAAGCCCAAUCACUGUACACACCGGUACCUUCAGAGUUUCUCUUAACAUGCCUGCUAUUAUCACACCACAGAUAUUGAAAGUGGAGACAGUAAGUCCAUUGCUUAAACCAGAACAGCAGGCUGUACAGGAGAUGCGCAUGGAGCCAUAUUCCCCUUUUCUGCGUUACAGUCAAAACUACCUGUAUAUUUCAUUGGGCACUAACAGAGUGGAGGUGGGGAAUAGUCUUAACAUCAAAGUGCACAUCAAAACUUCCUCACCAGAAAACAGAGGACUUGUGGAGCAGCUGACAUAUGCUGUUUUAAGUAAGGGGAAAAUCAUCCAAGGCAGCAGGCUGAAUGUCAAAGGCCAGGAUACAACGAACAUUCCUCUGCUGAUUACCACAGAAAUGUUACCUGCAUUUCGGUUUGUGGCGUACUACAUGUUGCCAUGGAAGUUUAGAGUAGAAGUGGUGGCAGACUCGGUCUUGGUGGAUGUGGAGGAUCGGUGUGUUGGUUCGCUCAGUGUAGGUGCUGCGGAUGGAGAAGAACUAAAUGACUACACACCAGGCAGCAGCAUUAAAUUACAAGUUAAAGGUGAUCCCGGAGCAAAGGUCAGCCUGGUUGCUGUGGAUAAUGCAAUUUUUCUGUUGAGUAAAAACCGUUUGACACAAAGAAAGGUGUGGGAAGUGGUGGGUCAGGGUGAUAUGGGCUGCAGCGCAGGAGGAGGCAAGGACAGUAUGGGUGUUUUCAGUGAUGCAGGGCUGAUUUUUUAUUCCAGCUCUGGUGUUACCACUGACUCCAGCAGAGGUGGUUGCAACAGUAGAUCAAGGAGAAGACGUUCUGCUGCCAGACUGCAACUUAGAGAGCAGCUGGAGAAGGAGUACUCCGACAAGUUUCUACAGAGAUGUUGUGUGGACGGCAUGAGGGAGAUUCCUAUGCCAUACUCGUGCUAUCGCCGUUCCCUCUAUAUCACAGAGGACUGGAGCUGUGUCUUAGCUUUCCUCCAUUGUUGUGCACAAUACAGAGGGGAGGAGCUGGGUACCAUUACCAGACCAACAACAACAACAACCACUCCACCCACCACCACCGCCAUGCAUAUGUUGGUCGAUGAACCUAUAUUAUUUGGCUUUAGUUUGGAUGCAUAUUAUUUUGGCCGCGAUCAAUUCCAACCUGAAUUUGCAAGGCAUCCCGGCCUUCCAGGGCGUCCCGGCCUUCCAGGGCGUCCAGGGCUUCAAGAGCGUCCAGGGCUUCAAGGGCAUUCAAGGGUAAUGGCAUUAAAGCCUUACGAGGAGUCAGUGACAACUUCCAAAGCAAAUGCUAAGCUCGAAGAGGAGGAAGAGGAGUUUGAUGAAAAUGAUUAUGCUGACAUUGAAGACAUUUACGUGCGCACCAGGUUUUUUGAGUCUUGGCUGUGGACUGAUAUAAGACUGCCCAACGCACCCAAGCCUGGGAGCAAAGAUGGGUUAGCUGUAUAUACAAUGGACACUGUUCUACCUGACAGUAUCACUCAGUGGGGGUUUCUAGGGGUCAGUGCUUCACCUGAGACAGGUUUCUGUGUUGCCGAACCUUACCAUGUCCGUGCAUGGAAGCCGUUCUUUGUAGAUCUGCGGUUGCCUCACUCGGUGUCCAGAAAUGAACAUGUGGAAAUCAAAGCUGUUGUUCACAACUACAGGAAUUCCAAACUGGAGGUAAUGGUGAUCCUGGAUAAGACAGAGAACAUGUGUAGUGUGGCAUUUAAUGGACCCCACACACAGAAAGUUUCAGUACAGGCCAGCUCUUCAGUUCUCCUCACGUAUACCAUCAUCCCCCUUAAAACAGGAGAGCUUCCCCUACUGCUCACAGCCGUUGCAGCCUCCUUCAUGGGGCAGGAUGCAGUAAGGAAGAAUCUACGUGUGGUGGUAGAGGGCAUCCAAACAAUUAAAGUGAGGACCUUUGUGUUGAACCCCUCUGAGAAAGGAGAUAUUGUUGGAAUACAGCAGAUAGCAGUGGGGAAGUUACAGUUGGACUCUGUUGUGCCAAGAUCUCUGCCAGAAACAUUUAUCAAUGUCAGAGGUGAUUUGUUGGCAGACAGCAUUGAUAACUCCAUUAAUGAAGACUCUCUGGCAACGUUGAUCCGUAUGCCUGGUGGCUGUGUGGAGCAGAAUUUGGCCAGUAUCACACUGCCACUAAUUGCAGCUCAUUAUUUGGACCGCAGUGCACAGUGGGAUAAUGUGGGAAUAAAUCGCAGAGAAGAGGCCAUCAAAUACAUACAGAAAGGUUAUGAAAACCAACUCAAUUAUAGAAAAAAAGAUGACUCUUACCCUCCCUACCGCAACGAAGGCACCAGCACAUGGAUCACUGCAUAUGUUGUGAAGGUGUUCUCUAUGGCACACUCGUUUAUUGGUGUCAGUGAGAAGCAUUUGUGUGGGCCUCUACUGUAUAUACUAAGGAAUAAACAACAUCCAGAUGGAUCCUUUCAGGAGGACAAUCCUGUCUACACCACCAGUAUGACGGGAGGCCUGCAGGGUUCUGAAUCCAGAAUUUCUUUGACUGCAUUUGUUCUGAUUGCUUUGGCAGAAGCACAAAAUGCCAUUACCUGCCAAGAGCCAGGCCUCAACUUUGAGGACAAGUACAGAAAAGCAGCUGUGUAUCUAAGGGAACGAUUUCCCCAGCUGAAGAGGCCGUACACAGCGGCUAUAGCAUGCUACGCUUUAGCAGUAUCCAAUCAAGGCUGCAUGAAGAGCAUGCUGCUGAAGUUAGCCUCACCAGAUCAUUCUCACUGGCCUGACUCUGAUAAUUAUUUCUUCACACUGGAAGCUACUGGCUAUGCAUUGUUAGCGCUGAUAAAAGGAGGCCAUAUGGAGGAGGCAGCCGCCCCCUUUCGAUGGCUGAAUGAGCAUCGUGGCAUUGGGGGAGCAUACGGCUCUACUCAGUCCACCAUGGUAGUGCUGCAGGCCCUGUCUGAGUACCUUGUGAAGAGGCCUCCUCCUUCUGAUCUUAAUUUGCUGGUAGAACUCCGUGUGCCCGGUCGCAGUGAUGUACGCUGGACCUUCAAUCCCAAAGUGGCUUAUGUGGCUCGAACUUCUCGGGUACCUCUUGACCAGGAAUUCUCAGUAGUGGCUUCUGGGAAUGGCAAGGGCAUAUUGGAGGUAAUGACAGUGUAUCACCAGCUUCCUGAGGUGUAUGAGAACAGUACAUGCAAUGGCUUUCAGCUGGAUGUGUCCAUCGCGGAGACUGUUGAAAAAACCCCACCAGAUGUUGAGAAGUCCUACAGACUCGAUAUCACUGUGAAGGCUCUGGAGGGACACCAAGUGAGGAUGGUGAUUUUGGAUAUUGGCCUGCCAACUGGCUUUGAGCCUGAAAACUCUGACUUAGAGCUGCUCACAAAUUCAGUGGACCGCUACAUCAACAACUUCCAAGUGGUGGACAACCUAAGUGACAGAGGAUCCCUCAUAAUACACCUAUUUAAGGUGUCCAGCACUGACAAAGAGAUUAUCUCAUUCAGACUCAAUCAGAAGUUUAAAGUGGGGCUCCUCCAGCCUUCCACUAUUACAGUUUACCAGUACUACAACAAAGAUAAACGCUGUAGCAGGUUUUACUCUCCUCCUGAAGACAAACAGCAGCUGGAUCAGAUCUGCAAAGAUGACGUGUGCCGCUGCACACAGGGUGACUGCUGUGUAAUCAAAGCAGACUCCUUGUCUUUUGGUGAAAAUCAGAGAAAGACUGCUGUGUGCAAUGGAUUACAUCAUGCCUACAGGGUUAGACUGAUCAGUGUCAGUCAGAGCCACUAUGACCAGUACGAGAUGGAGAUCGUACAGGUUAUUAAAGAGGGGUUGGAAGAUGACCUGAAAGAAAACGACAGGAGAAUGUUUCUCUCUCAUGCAAGCUGCAGGGCAGGGAUUAGUUUGAGAGAGGGUCAGGACUAUCUCAUUAUAGGCCCACUCACUGAUGUUUGGCAUGCAGCAAGCUCAUCCAACAGGUAUGCCUAUACGCUGGGUAAGGACACAUGGAUGGAGCGCUGGCCAUCUGCGUCAGAAUGUGAGAGUGGCUCCACACUGCAAGUCAAAUGUACCGAGCUGAAGAACUUUGCAGAAACACUGACAAAGAGCGGCUGUCAGAUUUGAGAGACCUUAUAAACCAUUUUAUCUGACUACACAAAUUAAAAAAACAAACUAUUUUUAUUCUGUGAAUUUUGAUUUAAAUCUAUAGGUCACACCUCUCCAUGUACCUUAAAACACACACACACACACACACAAACACCAAUUGACAAUGAUUUUUCUAAAUUGUGCAAUUCUUUUUUUUUUUUUUGGUAUACUGUAAUUUACUGGAUAUAAUUGAUAAAAGUGUUACAGAACUAUAUUGAUAUGUUGUAUAUUUUAUUUCAAUUGUCCUCUAUAGAUGAGUUACAAGACCCAAAAUAGACCUUCACACCCGUUUCACACAUACUCCGUGUGCAGUGCGUAUGCGGUGCGUAUACGGUACAGGAGCAGCACGCGCUAUAGUGCUUUAACAUAUGCUGCGUUUGCAGUGCGCUGCUGAUCCGCAGUUUCUGUGUUCCACAAAAUCUAAAAUGUUUUUGAAUUUUGGAUAUUAAAUCCAAACGUUAACUUUGAGAUUGUUUAAGGCAUUGAAACAGUUUUAAUUAAUUUUAAUCAUUGUGAUUCUUUGUUUUACAUGUAGUUCGAGUUGUUGACAGAAGAAAAGCUAUCGCACUAUAUCUUUUGCUAAGAAGGAGAAGAAUGAGAUGCAUUUGGGUUCACUGUCUUUUUUUAGGGUAAAAAAAACAUAUAUGAUGGCAUUUUGCAACUUUUGGGACUAUAAUCAUACUUUUUUGUUUUUCUUGACCCUGUAAUUUAGUAACUGUAGCACACAUUAACUGUAAUUAUGCGUAUAUGAUGAAAUUAUUACAGUUUCUUGACAAUCUAUGUCUAUUUUAAUGUGAACAAUGCGCUGUCACUUUAAUUCAGUGCGGUGCAGCACAGCAAAAAUAGACUCGGUACGUAAACGAUCGCUGCAGUGCUGUAUACGCACCGCAACUGGAAUGGAUCGACGGACUGCAUCCGCGUGCAGUGUAAAAGCUCUAACCUGUUAACGCGGGUACGGAAAAAAAUACGCAGUGCAUACGCACUGCAAACGGAGUAUGUGUGAAACGGGCGUUAUUGUUAAGGCCAUUGCACACUGAGUCCGAAAUUCGCAUCCGAAAUUUUCGCACGUUUAAAAAAAAAUUCGACCUCACGUUAUUUCAAUCACGCUUGCACACUGCCUCCGAAACUUUCGUCCGUAAUAAAAAAAUUCGUAUCGGGUUCGAUUUUCUGCGUUUUUCGCAUCCACAGCCAGCAUUUUGAGAGGUUUUUUGACAAAUCGGAGCCACCGUACAAGUGACCGGCAAAAUCCAGAAUGGCGUCUGACAAGUUGAUACACUUCGUCUCGCAGCACAAAGUACUGUAUGAAAAACAAAAUGCGGAUUACAAAAACACUGAAUAUGCGCAGUCCUUUCAGUUUCGGUUUUCAAUUCGAUCAAGUGUAUGUUCUCUCGAUCGGAAUAGAAAAGGAAUAAACCUCCCCUUUCAAUCAGAUCGAAAUUUCGGAUCGAUUUAGGUGUGAUUGAGCAGCCAAUUCGAUUACUAUUGUAUUAUUAGGGUACAAAAUAUAACCUGUAUACAGCUGAUCUGUCUGCCCAGCGCUUCCGCCGGCUGUGUGUGUGUGUGAUAGCUACCUUAGACAUACUGCCAGUCUCUGUUCAGGAUCGAUUGGCUCACGGAAAUUUGUAGUCUUCUUUUUAAUGUGUGGCUCCAGUAUCGCUAGCAAAGCAUCAAACUUUUCCACAGACAUUCUGAUUCUGAGGUAAAUUUUGAAUCGCUCGGGAUAAUUUCGCAACUCCUUGAUAAGGAGCUGAAACUCUCCUUCCUCUCGGCGCAAUCUCAGGAUUGGAUGGACCCAAUAUUUCCUCUUUCUUUUUCUCUUUUAAAGAAGAGAGAGGGCAACAAAAUCAUCCUCACUGCUUGACGAAUCCAUUUUGUAUUUUUUGCGUUUUUUUCCGCAAAGGUUUAACAAAUACGCAUCGGAGUCAGUGUGCAAGGUUUCUGUGCGUGACGAAUUUUUAGGCUGAUGAACACGAAAAAACGCAUACGAAAAUUUCGGACUCAGUGUGCAAUGGCCUUUAGUCUCCACCUGAAUGCAAAAGGUCAGAGGUCAAAAGCUGACAGAAAAUACUGAAAUCCAGCUGUGUAUAUGUGCUACCAUGUUUUAGGCCUGUUUUAUCAAAUAACACUUUUACAUUGGUAGUGUUUAGACCUACUGUGGAAAUACUUGAGUGUUUUUACUGGUUUUAAUACAGGAUUGAUAGAUAGAUGGACAACAUAUUACUAGGUUAAGUACUGUCAGAUGACGGAGUAUCAACCAGUUUACUCCAUUAACCACCAGAGGGUACAAUUUAGCUAGAAUAAACUGGCAUUUUCACGUGGAAUCUUCUGCCUUUCAUUUCCAGUUUAAUAUUAAAUGUUUGACAUCACAUUUAGGCAUUUUAAAUUAUAGUAAGGUGCAGAUGACAUGAUCUUAGCUCAAGCAUCGGCACCCAACAAUGUGUUCUGAGAAAUGUUAAAGAGUUAAGAGCUGAGAGUAAGAGUUGAUCAUCUGUAAUCUGGAGCAAAAAAAAAUCUAAUUACCGCAACACAAAACCCUGACCAAUAAUCUGAGACCCAGAGUAUUUUGAAAAAUAAUUACAAUUGUUUUAAACUUUACAUGACAACAUUUAGUAGACUAAAAUAAUUCAUAAUUACUCGACAUAUUUGUUUACAAAUAAACAAUUUGACACAUUACUGAAAAACAACCAAAU